AUGAGACGAGGAAAUAAUCGUUUAAUUUUAACAAUGUCACAAAUUCAACAAAUAAGUGCACGACGUGAUUUAAUUGUACUUUCUAGAAUUUGUACUCUUCUUGGAUUAUUACUAACCAUUUCAAUUCCUGCAAUGAUAGCAUAUUUUAUUUAUCUUUCUUCAGGAUAUUUACCAUGGUGGUUAUCGCAAAGUCAAUGGCUUGCUUUUAGUUUAAUAACGUGUAUAGUCACUAUUGUUUUAUUAAUAAUAUCUCCUCAUGUUCGAAAAUUAUGGACAAAAAAAUUUCGUCCUCGUAAUAUUGUAAUACUUAUGAUUAAUAAAAUCCAUUAA